GCAUGCAGUAAGAGGUUCCGCGUCGAAGCAGCACCACAUUACCAGUAACCAGUAACCAGUAGCACCGAACCACCUGGAGAAGUGACAAAACCCGAAACGGAUAUAGCCGAAAAAUAACCACCCGAAAAUGCAGUCCAGUUGUGUGUUAGUGGUCGUCUUAGCCUUGGCUUCCUUGGUGGCCGCUCGUCCCGAGCCGCCUCGUGACUCGUACAGUGCACCCCCCUCCAGCAGCUACCAGCCGAGCGGACCCAGUGGGGGUUACGGAGCCCCUGCGCCCCAGUACGGACCCCAGCAGCCGCCGGUGGUCCACAAGCAUGUCUACGUCCAUGUCCCGCCACCAGAGCCGGAGUACCAGGCACCCAGGAAACCCCUGUAUGUGCCGCCUCCGCAGAAGCACUACAAGAUCGUGUUCAUCAAGGCGCCAUCCCCACCUGCCCCAACUGCACCCAUAAUUCCGCAGUUCCCGCAGAACGAGGAAAAGACUCUGGUGUACGUGCUAGUCAAGAAGCCAGAGGAGCAGCCGGAGAUCAUUAUCCCGACUCCAGCGCCCACUCAGCCCAGCAAGCCGGAGGUGUACUUCAUCCGCUACAAGACCCAGAAGGAGGAGACCGGUCCCUAUCCCAACAGUGUGGCGCCUCCGGCACCCGAGUACGGAGCACCAGCUGCCCCACCUGCACCCUCUGCCCCAAGCAGCUCGUAUGGAGCACCGUCCCACUAAACGAUCCAACAUAUCCAAUCCAAACCGAAUCCCGAUUUGCGAAUCUCAACCCAACUCAUGGCGAACUGCAUAUCUUAUGUGUAUUAUUUUUUGUUCUGUUUCAACGACUUUAACGCGUGACAAAGUUUACCAAGCUACGAAUACCCCUCAAUCCCCCAAAGCUCAUAUGAAUAUUACCCCUAUUGAUGAGUAAUUUUUACCUCUGAAGUUGUUUCUACCUAUUGUAUGAGAUGUAUGUUUUCCAUCUAGGCUGUUUGUUUCAAAUUGUUUGUUUAGUCUUAAGUUUAGGUCUUUAAGCGAACGAUGCGUUAUACACUCACACAAAACACACUCGAUACACUCACUGCGAACUAGCCUUAGUUAUCGAUAGCAAUAUCGAUCCUGAUACCGAUAAACGAUAUAUACAUGUUACAUGAUUUUCAUCACAAAUGCAUUUUCACCUAGGCAAUUUAUACCAAUUCCAUAUUGCAGUUUCUGCACUCUAUUUCCAUAAUUGUAAAUAGAGAGUGCGGAACAAUCGAAAAGGCAGUAAGAAAAUGAAGAUAGGUAAUGAUACUCAAGAAUGUAUAUGUUAAAAAACAAAACAUCAAUGGCUAAAUAAAAGUUUAACGAAUUAUCUGUA